AUGCAAACACUAACAGACGUUGAGCGCCGUAUGUAUGGAAACCUGACGUUCAGCGAGGACUGUCUGUUCAUCAAUAUAUGGAGACAGACACCACCGACAACAAAACAUAGGUACAGUCAUAGCAGUCUGAAACCGGUCAUGUUUUGGAUACAUGGAGGGGGACUAACAUCGGGAUCUAUAUUUGCCAAGAUAUACAAUGGUUCGGCACUGGCAGCACAGGGAGUAGUGGUAGUGUCGGUCAACUAUCGGUUGGGACAGUUCGGGUUUAUGUACGGCGCCAGUGAUGAGGCACCGGGUAAUGUCGGUCUAUACGAUCAACUGUUGGGUCUCAAAUGGGUUAGAGAUAACAUCCAUAGGUUCGGCGGCGAUAGAGAUCGGGUAACAAUUUUCGGACAGUCGGCCGGCAGUGUAUCAGUUAUGGCGCACAUACUGUCGCCACUGUCCAAAGGGUUGUUCCAGAGGGCUAUUAUGCAAAGCGGAUCUGUGAUGUUGUUUAAGGACAGUAAUGUAAUCAGCAAACCGGAUGCACUCAAAGUUGCCCGUCUAUUGGCAGUUAAGCUAAAUUGUUCAGACGAUCAUCAAUGGAUAAAGUGUUUGCGUCGAGUCCAGGCCCAGGAGUUGACAAAACUAAACGGUUGGCUACCGUUACCGAUAUUUGAUAGUCCAUUGUUGCCUAUGCGGGCACAGUUAGCUAUUGAAAAAAAUCUAUACAAUUCAGGUAACGGCCUGAACGGCUGA